AUGGAUGUAUUGGCCAAAGUGACGCUUGGUGACGCAUCGCAACUUUAUCUGCUCGAAUUAGGCAGCGUAAUUCGUGGAAAUCUCACAGAUGAAAAUUCUGAUUUUUUCCAACGCAACAACGGGCACCCAUUUACGACCGUGGAUAGAGACAACGACGAUGCUGGCUCGAACUGCGCUCAGACACGGAAUCACGGAUUUUGGCAUGAAAAGUGCGGUAAUGUCGCUCUGAAUGGCCUAUACGGAGACACAACAGCGCUGCAUCGCAACAUGAUGUUCGUAUAUCAAAAUGUGACGUCAGGCCACAAGAGAAGGGUUAUUCAUCCUAAGAAGUCCAUUAUGAUGAUCAGACCUAAAUCAUCAUCCUAA